UCCGGGGAGAAAAACCGGUACUGGAUACCGAAUCUCGACAUCAACAAGAAAGUGAUCACCCAGGAGAUUCAAUACUACCUUGGCCCCGAGUCGACCGUGCGGCCAUACACGCGAGAGGGCGAAGAUGGAUUCUUGAUAACGACACCAGGAGAAUGCUUGACGGACGAGCAGAUAGACGACAUAUGUCGCAAGUCCAAAGAGGUCUGGGAAAAGCAGGCAGCUGCUAGGUCGAAGAAGGAUGCGGAUAAGCCACUCAAGCGACCCCUUCAUCAACCGAUUGUAGUAUCCCGAGCGUCGAGGACGGACUCCACAAGACAUCGGCGC